UACCGUUUACCUCCUCAGGUAUGUUAACACCAGUGCAACGGAGUUUCUAUGACCCCACCUCAGCACCAGGCCAAGGUUGGAUAUGGGAGUGGGAAAAUGACGCAGGUUCCUGGACGACCUAUGACAUGGAGGUUAUCGUUGCCUUGCAAGCGGCAUGGGACCGACAGCAACCCUGGCUGGACCUGACAUCGAUUGGCUUUUGCUACUUUGUGAACUUCCAGACCAUGACCCAGAUUAACAGGCAAACACAGAGGCAGAGGCGCAUGCAGAGACGCUCCGAUAGGGUUUACCCACUGGUCUCUGGGCCACUGCCUAAAACCUCACAGGCUCGGGGUACAGGCUCAGGAACUGGAGGCAUGACUAGAGGAGUUACAUCACGUGGGGGCUCAACCGGGGCACUUCUUGGGGUUGGUAUUUCUGGUUCUACUUUGAGUAGAAAAGGAAGUGCGGUUUACCCAAGCGGGACACUUUCGAUAUCAUCUCUCACUCCUCCUGGACAGCCAUGUUACUGUCAGCAGUGCAUGCUGGUGUUGAGUGUAAAGUCAAAUGGCACUUCAUCACAGACACUGGGACGUGCAACAAAGCCAAACAGUCCUAAAUUCAGCUUUGGGACACUUCCAUCCUCCUCUGCAUCCAUGUCUGUUUUAAACUCGUAUUCUCAUACACUACCACAGGGCACAUCUUUAAAAUGCUCUCUCUCGGAAGAAGCCAAGAAUUCUGCUUUUGAUCAGUCAUUGUCCCUUCUCACGUCGGAUACUGCCAAUCUCUCAAUCUCCUCUAGCCGUUCAUCACCUCUAACUCUGCCAUCGCCGAAUCAGCAGCCUUCAUCCGCCCCAAGCUCUUCGUCUUCAGCAACAUUUGUGGCUACUGCUAUGCUUAUUAACACAUCAACCAGUCCCACAUCAUCCACAGAUUUGACGUCAUCUUCAACAACGUUGCCCUCUCAACGCUCCGCUGCCUGUGCUGCCCCUCUACCAACUCGUGCCAGUCUGACAGGGCUUAGUCGGCCUGCUUUGCACAGAAUUGCCAUGGCACAGUCACGGGCCCUUAUUGCCUCUGGGGUACCAACAGUACCAGUGAAGAAUCUCAAUGACUCCAGCCCUGUCCAUCCGGCUUUAGCUGGUAUUACAGGUAUUCUGAUGAGUGCAGCAGGACUACCUGUAUGUUUGACUCGUCCACCAAAACUAGUUCUGCAUCCCCCACCUGUCGGCAAGAGUGACAUCAGACCAAUUCCUGGCAUUGGGCACUGUUGCCGCAAGACCACCAAGAAACAAGCACGCAAAGGUAGAACACCUGAGGAAGUGGUAAAAAGGUACUUACAGAAGGUCAGGAAUUCACCAGAAGAAGAUUGUACUAUCUGUAUGGAGGCUCUGGGGGGACCCUCAGCGUAUAAGGGUCCAGGUGUUGCAAGUGUUUCACGUGCAGCGUCCGUUGGACGACUGGCACAAUGUGGGCAUCUUUAUCACCUGCAGUGCCUAGUGGCCAUGUACAACAAUGGCAACAAAGAUGGCAGCCUGCAGUGUCCCACAUGCAAGACAAUAUAUGGAGUAAAGACAGGCAACCAGUCGCCUGGUAAAAUGGAGUACCAUGUCAUCCCGCACUCACUUCCAGGACACCCAGACUGCAAAACCAUUCGCAUCAUCUACAACAUACCGCCUGGGAUACAGGGUCCUGAGCAUCCAAAUCCGGGGACGCCUUUUACUGCAAGAGGAUUUCCCCGUCACUGCUAUCUCCCAGACAAUGAAAAAGGACGCAAGGUGUUAAGGAUGUUAUUGGUGGCAUGGGAUCGACGGCUGAUCUUCUCAGUGGGCACCUCCAGCACCACAGGAGAAUCAGACACUGUCAUCUGGAAUGAGAUCCAUCAUAAGACAGAAUUUGGCUCCAAUCUUACUGCACAUGGCUAUCCAGAUUAUGGCUAUAUUGAUAAUGUACUGAAGGAGCUUAAAGCCCAGGGCAUCACUGAAGACGAGGAACAGCAACUGUGAAGAGGACGGGAUGUGCUCGAUGGCAGUGAAA